GGCGGCGGCGACGACGGCGGGGGGAGCCCGGCGGGGCCGGAGCCAGAGGCGGACCCCCAGACCCCCACCAUGCCGCAGCUGGAACCGGCGGGGGGGGACGACUUGGGGGCCCCCGACGAGCUCAUCGCCUUCCAGGACGAGGGCGAGGAGCAGGACAAGGGCGCGGGGCGCGGCUCGGCCCACGGGGACCUGGACGAGCUCAAGUCCUCCCUGGUCAGCGAGACCGAGAACCGCGGCACCGGCACCGGUCCCAGCCCGGGCUCCGACUCCGAGGCGGAGCGGCCCCCGCAGCCCCGGGAAAGUUUCCAGAAGCCGCGGGACUAUUUGGCGGAAGUGGUCAGACGGCAGCAGGAUGGGGUGUUUUUUAAGGGCCCCCCCUACAGCGGCUACCCCUUCCUGAUGCUCCCCGAGCUGGGCAGCCCCUACCUCGCCAACGGAGCCCUCUCCCCCGGCGCCGCCCGCACCUACCUGCAGGUGAAGUGGCCGCUGCUGGACGUGCCCGCGGGUGCCACGCUGAAGGACAGCCGCUCGCCUUCGCCCGCACACCUGUCCAACAAGGUCCCGGUGGUGCAGCAUGGCCACCACAUGCAUCCCCUGACGCCGCUCAUCACGUACAGCAACGACCACUUCCCGCCAGCCUCGCCCAGCGGGCACCUCUCCCCUGACAUCGACCCAAAGACAGGGAUCCCGCGGCCGCCGCACCCCUCGGAGCUGCCUCCCUACUACCCUCUGUCCCCCGGAGCCGUGGGGCAGAUCCCACACCCGCUGGGCUGGCUGGUGCCACAGCAGGGGCAGCCUGUGUACUCUAUCCCCCCCGGAGGCUUCCGCCACCCCUACCCUGCCCUCGCCAUGAACGCCUCCAUGUCCAGUUUGAUGUCCAGCCGCUUCUCCCCACACAUGGUCCCACCGCCCACCCACGGCCUGCACCCCUCGGGCAUCCCGCACCCCACCAUCGUCUCCCCCAUCGUGAAGCAGGAGCCGGUCCAGCCCAGCGUCAGCCCCGGGGGCACCUCGAAGUCUCCUGUCACUGUGAAGAAGGAGGAGGAGAAGAAGCCUCACAUCAAGAAGCCUCUCAACGCCUUCAUGCUGUACAUGAAGGAGAUGAGGGCCAAGGUGGUGGCCGAGUGCACGCUGAAGGAGAGCGCAGCCAUCAACCAGAUCCUGGGCCGGCGGUGGCACUCCCUGUCCCGGGAGGAGCAGGCCAAGUACUACGAGCUGGCACGCAAGGAGCGGCAGCUGCACUCCCAGCUCUACCCAACCUGGUCGGCGCGCGACAACUACGGCAAGAAGAAGAAGCGGAAGCGCGAGAAGCUGGCACAGCAGCAGAGCCACGAGCCCGAGGGUGAGUGCGGCCCCGGCCGGCGCCGCCCGCGGCCCUGCCCGGCGCUGAGCCCUGCCCUGUGCCCCGCAGGCUCGCCGGCGCCCCGCAGCAAGAAGCCCUGCGUGCCCUACCCGGCGGCGGAGAGGCCCUGCGGCAGCCCGGCCUCGUCCCACGGCAGCAUGCUGGACUCCCCUGCCACGCCCUCGGCCGCCCUGGCCUCGCCCGCCGCGCCCGCGCCCACCCACUCCGAGCAGGCUCAGCCUCUCUCCCUCACCACCAAGCCCGAGGCCAGGGCUCAGCUCGCUCUGCAUUCAGCCACCUUCCUCCCGGGCAAAGCUGCUGCUUCUGCUGCUGCUUCUUCUUCCUCCUCUUCCUCUUCUUCUUCCUCCUCCUCCUCUUCUUCCUCCUCCUCCUCCAGCCUGGGCACUCCACCCACACUCCUCUCCAGACCCAUCCCCUUCUCCUCCGUGCCCCCCACGGCUCUCCUGGCCUCCCCUCCAGCCAGCUUGGCUGUGCUGCAGACACAGCCCCUGUCCCUGGUCACCAAAUCUGCUGACUGAGGGCAAAUCCUGGUUCCCCCCCCUCCCCCCCUCCCCC